CUAAAAUGAUAUCAGGGUUGCUAAAACAAUUGUUAUUCUUAUCUUAAAACAGAGUUUUAUCUUCGUGUUGGUAUGGAGGACUUAUCCAAUCAUGAAUUCGACGAGAAAACAGAAUUUUUUUCUCCACUUCCCAAUGAAAUAAUGUUGAAAAUUUUUGGUCAUCUUGAAAUCAACGACGUUAUUCAUCUAAACCUAGUGUGUAAGCGCUGGCACAGUCUGUCUAAUGAAGAUGCGUUGUGGAGAAGAUUUGUGCCCAAGUACCCAGGAGUAGAUCUACCUAAGGCGAAGACCCAACAGGAGAUUUUUCAAAAGCUCUGGUCUGACAGCGUCCAAAUUGGGAAAGAAAGAUGGUUUCCUAACCCGCUUCCUUCUUUGGUGGAGUACAACACUUCACUGCAAAAGUAUAAUGAAGAAAAUAUUCCGGGCGAAGUCGACAAAAUAUUUUCACUGUCAAGAUGUAUGCUUUAUCUUCGCUUAAAUCCACUGUAUGCAUUUACUACCGACGGAAUAAAACAAGAAGAUCCACUCAUGCAGGAAAUCGUUCAUCAGCUUUCGGAUAAGCUUGGGAAACUUGCUAGACCAGGUUACGAAUGUGAUGAUGGUGUAGAUUUACACGACGCAAAAUCUGCCAUAAUAUAUAUGACCUUUCCUGGAAAUAGGAAGUUUGCGAUGGAGCUAAUUGUCGGAUACUGUUAUGACUUCCGAACGAACGAACAAAUCUCAGGUUCGAUGAUUGAACAAUUGAUUGAUGAUGAAGGACAUAUUCUUGAACAAAAGCUGAAUGACAACGAGCCGGUAGGUAAUGUAUUCAAAGGAAUGAGUGUGAGCAAGAGACUGUUUAAUCAAAUUUGGAAUAUUGUGGUUGAUAAAAAUGAUCGAUUUAUUAUUUAUAAUGUCAAAGGUAGUUAUAGAAAUAAGAACGAAGAACUUCUAUAUCCUAGGCAGAUCUUAGUUACUGACACAGCUGUCGUCUAUUGUGCCCGCCGGGAAUUCGAGGUAAAUUAAAAAGUUAAUAUGUAUGGAAUAACUGAAAUAACAUUAAACUGGUUUUUAGUGUAAAGUUUCAGUUUACACUGUUGUGAUGACUGGCGAAAAUUUAAACUUAUUACUCCUAUAACAAAAGGAAACAUAACUUGCAGAUUUCAGCAAUAGCUCCGUCUAUAUAUCUGUGUUUGCACAUAAUACUUCUGACUUUUUACCUAAUAUAACUAAGAGAAAUUCCAUGUCUGUCA